AUGGACCAUGAAGAUCCAUAUAACCAAUACUACAAUUAUUUAGGAAAUUCCCAAAACAUUGAUAAUCAAAAUCCUAUAACACCACCUCCAAAUUUCUCAAAUCCCCAAACAUCUUCAAUCCGUCCAACUCCUUACAAUUAUCCAUCAAUGAAUGUUAAUCAGCAUCAUGAAAAUCCCUACCUGCGUACAAGUCCCCCGUAUCCACCAAACACUCAAAUGAAUUAUAACUUUGGCUAUUAUAAUCCUCCUAUGGUUAGGCCAGGUUAUAAUCUUCGUCCUUUAAAUUUAACUGAAUCCUUUAUAAGUCACGAAAAUAUAAGAAGGGAUAGCGUCGGAGGCUCAAGUAUGCAAGAAGAGUCUCUAACUCCUAGGUUAGGUGCUGAAUCUCAAUCUUCUCAAAAUGAAGCCGACUUAGAGGAGACCAGUAAUCAAGCCAACAACAAAAAUAUUAAGUUGAAGUGGAGCCAUAUAAAAGAUGUUGAUUUAUGUAAAAGUUGGAUUACCAUUUCGAAGGAUCCAAUAAAAGGAAACGACCAAACUAAGGAAUUGUAUUGGAAGAAUAUCGUUGAAUACUACAACACGUGGAAACGAGAAGAUCCAGUUGUACCUGUUGAUAAAGCUUCUAACCACUGGUUCAAAAUGAGUGAUGAUCAAGUACUUAGAAACGAUCCAAAGUGGCAAGAAUUUGUAAAAAAAGAGGGUGUCCCGUCAAAGAGAACACAAACUGAAGACGUCGAAGUGUUAGAUAAACGUCCAAUAGUUCAGAAGGCAGCUAAAGAAGCAGCAAGAAAGAGGGUCCAUAAGAAGGAUAAUGAAAUUGUUUCUGAUACAUGGACUAAAUUUGAAGACUUAGCUAACAAGAGACUAUCACUAAUAGAGGACCACAUCCGCCAAAGUGAUUACGAGUUAUUAUGCAAGGAUACUUCGAACAUGGAUGAACGAGUUAAGAAAAAUCAUGAACAAAAGUUAGAACGUCCUCGGAGAGAGUAUGUGCCUCGUGACCGUGAAGGUGGUGCUGAACGUCUAUACCAAGACUACUUCUCUACCGAACCUGUAUAUCCAGAACACUUCUUUCGCAGAAGGUUUCGAAUGAGCAUGAAUUUGUUCAACCGUAUUGUAGAAGCCGUUGGAAAUCAUUCACAAUAUUUCAAACAAAAAGUUGAUGCUGCUAAAAGAAUGGGAUUGUCUCCCCUUCAAAAAUGCACUGCUGCUAUUCGCAUUUUAGCAUAUGGAUCUCCUGCUGAUGUUGUCGACGAAUACAUCAAAAUUGGCGAGAGCACUUCAAUAGAAUGCUUAUUCAAUUUUUGUCGUGCUGUUAUCGAGGUGUUUGGAGAUGUGUACAUGAGAAGGCCAAAUGACAACGAUGUCCAACGACUUCUUCAAAUGCAUGAAGAAUAUCAUGGUUUUCCUGGAAUGCUUGGUAGUCUUGAUUGCAUGCAUUGGGCAUGGAAAAAUUGUCCAACCGCUUGGAAGGGGCAGUACACACGAGGUGAUUAUGGGUAUCCAACAAUUAUGCUUGAAGCAGUCGCGUCAGUAGAUCUAUGGAUAUGGCAUGCAUAUUUCGGUGUUGCAGGGUCAAACAAUGAUCUUAAUGUUUUAAGCAGAUCUAAUUUAUUUCAAGAGACGUUACAAGGAAGAGCUCCACAGGUUAAUUUCAUUGUCAAUGAAACAGAGUACAAUAUGGGGUACUAUCUUACAGAUGGCAUAUAUCCUGAGUGGGCUGCAUUUGUGAAGACCUUCUCACAUCCACAAGACCCCAAAAGGCUAUUGUUCAAGAAAAGGCAUGAGAGUGCAAGAAAAGAUGUCGAACGAGCAUUUGGAGUACUACAAGCUCGUUUUGCAAUAGUUCAUGGACCAGCACGGUGUUUGCAUAAACGCAGACUCCAUGAUAUAAUGGAAGCAUGUGUUAUAUUGCAUAAUAUGAUUGUUGAAGAUGAGAGACACACAUACGCUAGAAACUUCCACAAUGAUUUUUUACCGACAGUUGUUGGUGAUGUUCAUCAAGGGAACCCACUAGAUUUUCAAGCGUUUCUUGAAAGAGAUGUAGCCAUUCGAGACAGACAAAUGCAUCAUCAACUAAAGGCGGAUCUAGUGGAACAUAUAUGGAGUUGUUUUGGAGGCCAAUCCCAUGACUGA